AUGAAAUUUACAAAUAAUUUUAGGACUCAUGCGAUAUUAUUCACCGUGCGCCGUCAAAUUUCAGAUGAUCAAAUUAUCCAUUACUGCAGAAACCUGUGGGUUUAUCACAGAUAUCGGAAUGUGAACCAAAGUGUUAUGGAUGUAAUGGCGAAGCAAAAAUUAUGUCUUCUGAUUUCCGUCUUGGAUGCGACGGUAGUUGUGCUUCGGCAACAGCAGUGUCGACAUCAGGAGCGCCAUCAAAAUAAACGAGGCAGGUUCCUCAUUGCGACCAUGGAGAGAGAGAACGGUCGCAGUUCCUCCAACGUCGUUGCCCAGACUCCCCCUGUUCAUCGGGGGGAGUCCAGAACUGUCCCCUGGGACAGCGCGGCCCCCCAGGGGACGGGUCCCUGGACUCCCCCUGAUGAACAGAGGAAGUCCAGGGGGUCAUAACUGCGGUGGCAGCAUCACUGAGUACCUGAAACAUGAGGAAAACUAAUUAAUAAUGAGAUACAUAUAAGAAUAUAUUAUUACCAAUAUUAUAUUCCAUGUAGAUAUAUUAAUUCUAUGUUAUAUUAUAUUAUAUUAUAUGUCAAUAUAUUAAUUCUAUGUUAUAUUAUGUUAUAUUAUAAGUCAAUAUAUUAAUUGUAUGUUAUAUUAUACUAUAUGUUAAUAUAUUGCUGCCAAUGUGAUGUUAUAAUAUAUUACAAUGAAUAUAUUUUUAUAAUCUACUCUAACUUAUAUCAUAUUGAUACUUAUUCCAUACCUGUAAACGAAUUGUGCGAUGCUAUACAAGUGUUACCCAUCGUGGUUGGUAGUUGAUCA